GCCGCCUGAGCGGAAGUUCCCUCACUCCACGGCAAGCUUUCCGUCGGUUUGCUAACCGUUUUUCUCUCUCUCUUUAGCCUGCGAGCGGUUGGAGGCUUCGCUGAGCGGCGUCUUCCCUUAAAACUCGGACCUCGCUGCCGCUGGAACUCGUGUUGUGCUGUUUUUUGGCUACCCUGCUGAGACAUCCGCCAUGUCUUCCCACAAAACUUUCAGAAUCAAGAGGUUCCUUGCAAAGAAGCAGAAGCAAAAUCGUCCGAUUCCUCAGUGGAUUCGCAUGAAAACUGGCAAUAAGAUCAGAUACAACUCCAAGAGGAGACACUGGAGAAGAACCAAGCUGGGCUUAUAAAGAACUGACAUCUUGAUGAUUUGUUCUGUACCAAGUCCAAAACCUCUUGCCAUGCCACCACCUUUGAUUUUGGAAUUUCCAACAUUGCAGGCAUAAAAAAAAUUUAGCAUUCA